AGGUAAGGAGAGAAUAAGGCCAGGUUUGAACAAGGAAAAGAACAAGAAAAGGAAAGAAUAAGGGAGGGAGAGAAGAAGGCAGGGUUUGAACAUACCUGUUAGGAGCCUAUAAUCUAAAUAUGGAAUAUAUUAACAAAGUGAAUGAACUGCAUUCUCGGAGAUUCCAAGAUUUAGAAGAGCAAAGAAGACCCUAUACGAGAAUCAAAAAAAAAGAAAAUCCUAUACGAAGAAGAUACAGAGAGAAAGAAAGAGGAUUCAGGGAAUCAUAGGGUAGGUUUCUUUGAGUUUCUUUGAGUUUCUCUCUCUUCACUGCAAAGACAGAAAUGGGUGAAUCGCCAACUUGUCUUGCUCGAUCCUUCUCUCAACCUGCUGGCACUACUUCCACUGAACCCGAAGAGGGAGAUCCUUAUUGUGCCCUAACAACAUCGAUCUCAUUUCGGAGGUUCAUGUUGGAAUCAUUGGCGUGUGAAAAAUGGUCAUGUUUCUCUAACAAUCAGUACUUGGAAGAAGCUAAGAAAUCUUCUAAGCCAGGUUUAGUUGCCGAGAGGAAAGCUUAUUUCGAAGCCCUUUACAAGAGAAAUGGUGCUAAGAAACCUGCAGCAUUGCUUGAGGAGCAAAAUGCAGCAUGUAAUGAACCAAAUGUUAUGGAAGAGACAUCCAGAGACAGCUCAAAUCCUCCACGAAUUCCAACUAGGGCAUCAGCGAAUGGGUUAUCAGUGCAUUCUUCAACAGCUCCUCAAGAAGAAAGAAGAAGGUUGUUUGUUUGCUUAACCCUUUAAAAUUGUGCCAUUUUUCUACGUGUAUGUAUAUUCGUCUUCUUUCACUAAAAUGUUUAAUUUCAUGGUUUACAUAAGUAAACCAG